AUGUCCAACCCCAACCACCCCAGUGCCAAACCACCUGCCAAGGUGCAGCUCAACUUGGGCAAUCUACCCCCCAAGAUGAACCCGGCAGACAUCAAGGCGAACUCCAGCCAAUACCCCAGGACGCCUUCCAGGGUCAACCCCAACAACCCCCCUUGGCCAGCUUACAGAGGUUACCAUGAAUACUCUUUCGCUCACGCGACUAUGGGUGUUCGCCUUCCAACCAUCUUAGGCAAGGCCAUCGAUGAUGUAUGGAAGACUUUGAACGAGCAAUCGGACGAGGAGCGUAUCAUCGACCUGAUCAACUGUAUCCACAGGAUGGAGGAUCUGAUGAACGAUCUGCAGAAUAAUGCCAAACUUCGACCCAUAGCUGAUGACGGUGCGGGUGAUGUCGCCCUAUGGAACAAGGAGAUUGCGAAAUUCUUCCGUGGCAAAGACUUCAUGAAUGCCCCUUGGCUAUUUGCAGAGGCAUUCAAAUAUCGACGUCUCCGAGAAUGCUUCUCGCUCAGCAAGUUCUGGGUCGACUAUGAUGUCUUCUUCCGUCAGAAAUGUGACACGUUCUCGAGAUCCAGUCAGGCUGUGUUCGAGCUGUCAACUCGAUUUUCUCAACCUCGUCAGGCCGACUCUAGCCUUUCUGAGGCCGAGAUCGCUGAGAAGAACAAGUUGCUUUUCCUUGAGCUCACCCAGGUAUGCCUGUGGGGUAACUCGACCGAUUUGUCUCUCCUUAUCGAUAUGACAGAAGAGGACAUCAAGAAGCUUCAAUCUACCGGAGGUGACCAUCUCGCCGCGACUGAGAAGAACAUUCUCGGCAACAAUCUUCACAAACUGGCCGAUUACGUCAUGACUAUCAAAGGCGGUCGUAUCGACUUUGUCCUUGACAAUGCUGGAUUCGAACUUUACUGCGAUCUCGUUUACGCGGACUGGCUCAUUCAAUCUGGCACUUGCUCUAAGGUCAUCUUCCAUGGAAAGAAGAUUGCUUGGUUCGUCUCGGACGUGACGAAGAAAGAUUGGGAUUGGCUUCUCAACACAUGCGUAUACGGUCAGUUGUUCGAAAACGCCACCGAUGGUGAGAUGGACACAUUGCGUACCAUGGGACACAGGUGGAAACAAUAUGAGAAAGAGGGUAAAUGGAAAUAUGAAGCCCAUCCCUUCUGGUGCACAGGAUACACUUUCUGGGAUCUUCACUCUGAAGCUCCUGAUUUGUUCCAAUACCUAAGCGAGGCUGAUUUGGUCAUCUUCAAGGGUGAUUUGAACCAUCGUAAAUUGACAUAUGACUGUCAUGCGCCUCUUGACACGCCAUUCCAGAUGGCCAUUGGUCCAUUGGCGUCUGAACCCGGUGCCCCGCCAGUGUGUUCGUUGAGGACUAUCAAGUCUGACGUUGUGGUCGGUAUCCCUCCUGGUGUGGGGGAGAAAUUGGACGAAGAAGAACCUGGAUGGAAGAUCUCUGGGAAAUACGCUGUGGUGCUAUUGUCCGAGGGAAGACCCGGGGAUAAACCUCAGUAUGCUUCAUGA